GGAGUUGGACGACGCGAAAAACGACGUUUUGCUGUCAAUCACGUCUCGCACGCCAGCGCACGGCCUUCCUCCAACUCCAACUUCCGCAUGCCGUUUUCAAGUCUGCGUUCCGUUCCAUUCAACGUCCAUAGUUUACAGCGGCUCCCGAGCAAUACAGCAACGGCGCACACGUAGCCCCUUGCGCAACACGUCGACAACCAUGGCAGGCGCCUCCCCCUUGAAAACUGGCAACGGCGCGCAACGCAAACGCGGCCGGCCCCUCAAAGCCCCCAUAGACGACGACUCCGUGGUCAUUUCCGACUCCAGCGACUCCGACACCUCCCCUCGUCCCGCCAAAAAGCUCUCCCAACCCCUCCCCACCCGCCGCAAACUCGCCCCUACCUCCACCACCCGGUCUAAAUCCACCACCAAUGUCGACGAUUUCUUCGAUAUGGGCAAAAAAGGGUCGGUGGGGACUAUCCGCGCGACGAUGAAUGUGCAGAGACGUCAGCCGGUGAGGAGGAAUGGGAGUGGGUCGAGUAAUGAGUCGGCUACAACUGCGGGGUCGCAGAUGGGGAUAGGGGAGGCUGUGCUGGGGUCGCUGGGUGCGCGAGGGGAGUUUGGGAGGGUGGGGAGUUUUGGGCCGGAUAAGGUGGCGGCAUUGGAUUAUGCGUUGUCGGAUAGUGAGGAUGAGGAGGAGAGGUUGGUUUUUAUGGUUGUUUCCUGGUGUGGUAGGACGUGUGGGCCUAUGACGCUGACAUCUCUCGAUUUAUUCAGUGGAAGGCAAGCGAAAAGAGGGAAGAAACCGGUCGAGAAGACGCCACCCGUAGAACGAGAACCAUCUCUCUCACCGCCUCCAUCACCGCCGCCAGAGGUCCCGGAAGACGUGAUCAUGUCCCUAUACGUGAGAAGCCAAGAACUCAAACGAACAUGCAACGAGCUCCGCGCACCCGAAAUCCUCGAAUACGAAAGCACAUCCCUCUCCACACUCGACCCCGCCCUGAUGGAUCUCGCAAACCCGUUCACAUCAUCGUCCUCAUCCUCCGAUUUCCAGGAUUCACGGCCGAUUACGAUCCGGGUUGAGCGGAAACGAUACCCGGCCGUGCCUGAUGCGGAGUUUAUCAAGCCUCUGAAGUUGCGGUUACGACGGGACCAGCCCUUCGACCACCUCAUGGCCGCCGUCUGCAACCAAUGGUCCCUCGACAGACAGCGAACCGUCUUUCUAUGCCGUAACGCGGCGCUGUUCAAAUAUGGCACGCCCGCCGCGCUCGACAUGGACGACGACUCUGUGCUUGACGUCUACAACAAGCCCGAGUAUGAUGCGUUCAGGCUCGCGUCCAAUGCGCCGUCGCCGCCUCGAACACAUGCCGAUUUCUCGACGGGGCCCUCAUCACAUUGCGGCGGUGCGUCGUCGUCCGCACAAGCCCCCGGACCAACCCACGCCCCCAUAGAGCCCACCGACCCCCUCGUCGCCAUCAAAAUCACACACAACACCACCGCCCCGCUGAAAUUGAAAGCGAAGCUCUCGGCGACGGUGGACGAGGUCAUUGACGCGUUUGUGAAGGCGAGGCAUGGGCCCCCGGCCGGUACGAGUUUUAGGAUGAUGUUUGAGGGGGAGAUGUUGGGUGGCGGGGCGACGUUGGAGGGGUUGGGGUUGGAGGAUGAGGAUGUGGUUGAGAUUCAUGCGCGGUAGGGAUGUGCUACGGAGGAGGAGGGGUCGCUGAACGUUGGGCCGGGGCUAUACAAGUUAUAUAGGGGGCAGGUCGGCUGAGGAAAGUUGACAUGAACACCAACACUCCUUUCCCAGAUUGGAAUCCAUGUAAAUAUCAAAGUGCUCAAUGCAACGUGUUUUGGAACAUG